CGUUCGCUUACUCCCUUUGAGAAUUGGCGAUCGUUCGAAUUAAUCCGUUUGACAAACACAUGCAUCCUCGCUAGCUGUCCACGCCUCUCUAGCCGCUAUGAUGUCAUCGUACCUCCAACUUCAAGAUCCCACCCUUGAGCGUUCUUUCCGCGGACACAAAGAUGUGAUAACAGGCUUGUGCUUCAAGCCUUCCAUGACGCAGCUGGCUUCGUCCUCUAUGGAUCACUCUGUAAUGGUGUGGAACUUCAAACCACAAUUGAGAGCCUUCCGCUUUGUAGGUCAUAAGGGGCCCGUAACCAGCGUGGACUUCUCACCGGCUGGGCAGCUUUUGGCAAGUUCGUCUCGAGACAAAACAGUGCGGCUGUGGACUCCAAACGUCAAGGGUGAUGUCACAGUCUUUAAAGCGCAUACCUCCUCUGUACGCACAGUACAGUUCUCUCGCGAUGGUGACUCCUUGUUAACGGCAUCUGAUGAUAAAACUAUUAAGUUGUGGUCGACUCACAGGACAAAAUUCCAAUAUACCCUUGCGGGACACCUGAAUUGGGUUCGAACAGCACGAUUCUCCCCGGAUUCGCGUCUGAUUGUAUCAGGAAGUGACGACAAAACGGUCAAACUAUGGGACUUGGGCAGCAAAUCUUGCGUGAAAACGUACUGGGACCAUACGGGGAUGGUGUCAUCUGUUGCUUUCCACCCUGCAGGCACCGUCGUAGCAUCUGCAUCAACCGACCGAUCUAUCAAGCUUUUUGAUAUCCGAACGCACAAAUUAAUACAACAUUACGGUGAUGCACAUGGAGGGGAUCGUCAGUCAGCCGGUGGCGGAGCAGGGGUGAACAGUAUAAGUUUUGGCGGACCUGCCGGCGAGUGGCUCAUCAGCACUGGAUGGGACGGUGUAGUGAAGAUAUGGGAUUUGAAAGAGGGGCACCUGUUCUAUACCUUACAUGGCCACAAACACGGACCAACCACAGCAGCGGUAUUUUCGCCACAUGGAGACCAUUUUGCUACGGGCGGCAGCGACUCGCAGGUCAUGGUUUGGAAAAGCAAUUUCGAUUCCAUUUCCAGUCCAGUGGGAACAGAGGACAAGGAUGUGGAAGACACAGGGGCAAACCGGCGCCCAUUUUCCCAAUCACACCAGCAUGCUCUGUAUACCGAAGCAUUUACAGCCGGUCGUUCGCGGGCGCAAAGCAAAAGUCCAGUAUUGGCAGCACCUGUGCCAAUUGCUGCAUCCGGAGGUGUAACUGCGCAAAGAAAGGCCACCCAGAUCUACGGUUCAGGAAAAGUUAAUGGAGGAAAAUCCGACCGACCGCCGAUUGUCGAUGUUGGUGCCUCAUUGUUUGCUGAAAAGGAUCUUGAAGAGGAUAUUGUUUUGCCACCUUCGCGGCCUACCACAUCACCUAUCCGAGAAAUGCGCAGUUCCCAACAGCACCAAGAUAAACAGACGUAUACCACACCUCUAGAAGUCCGAACAAUGCCCAACGAGAUCGCCUCUACACUUCAACAUAUUGUCCGACAGGUGGACGUUCUGACACAAACGAUGAGCAUUCUUGAGAGUCGAUUGACAAUGAAUGAAGAUCGGGUAGUGGAAAUGGGUCGACGAUUUGGGGAUGCGGUCGAGCGCAUUGACUGGAUGGCGUCUCGGUGGACCAGAGCUAAUGCGUCUACAGUUAGCAGCAAUGCGCCGGAAGGGGUCGGAAUACCACAUGACGGAAACGAUGCUCUAGGGCAGCAACCUGCCGCCCAGGAUGCAACGACCGGGAGAGAAAGGGCUGUCCCUAAUACUGAUCACCCUGAAGCAGAGAGGACGGGUAUAUAACACAUAUAUACCGGUACAUGAAAGAGAGAAGCAACGACGGCAGCUUCUGUAAAUAAUUAUGGUCUACCUUGUAAGUCUAAUUGUAAACACCGAGAUAUAAUCUAUCUAUGUACAACUGGAUUGAGGACAACAGUGGUCACCCGCCAGCGUUAUCCCGCUCCUUUGUUGAUAUCAGC